GUCUUUUGCAGUUGCACCACUAUUUGUGAUUGAGUUUCUCCACAGAGUUGUGGAUACAAUUACAGACUACUUCUCGUCAUGCACAGAGUCAAUAAUAAAGGACCAAAUUGUGGUUGUUUAUGAGUUGCUGGAUGAGAUGCUUGAUAAUGGCUGUCCACUGGCCACUGAAAGUAAUAUCCUAAAAGAGUUGAUUAAGCCACCAAGUAUCAUGAAUCGUGUUGUCAACACUGUUACUGGAGGCACAAAUGUAAGCGGUCAUUUGCCAACGGGCUCGUUAUCUAACAUCCCUUGGAGGAGAACCGGUGUCAAAUAUACAAGCAAUGAGAUUUACUUUGACGUUAUUGAAGAAAUCGACUGUAUUAUUGACAAAAAUGGAUCAGCCGUAUUUGUAGAGAUUCAGGGGACGGUUGAAUGCCUGAGUCGUUUGACAGGAAUGCCAGAUCUAACCAUGUGUUUUGUAAAUCCAAGGCUUCUUGAUGACGUCAGUUUCCACCCGUGUAUUCGCUUGAAACGAUGGGAUAGUGAAAAGGUGCUGUCGUUUGUUCCACCUGAUGGGAACUUCUGCCUUCUUUCGUACCAUAUUACCAAUUCGUAAGUGAUCUUCAAUGUUUUGUACUUCUUUUUAGCUUCAUCUUUAUUGAAUAUGAAAUUUUAAACAGAAAUAAUGAUUGGAAAUUUCUGGCUAUAUUGAAAAAAUUCGCAGGUUUUCAUUUUUUCCAGAAAAAUAUUAGAUAGUCAAAUUGUCAGAACCUAAAGGAACCGUUGAAAAUUGAAUCAAAUCAUCAAGCCCGAAGUAGUGAUAAACCUUUAGAAAAUCAUUUCCAUGGUACAAGCAUAUCUGACUGCAUACCUGCUAUUUUUUCAUUUUGCUAAUAUGAUGAGCAGUAUUUGCAUAGUGACAAAGAUGAGCCAAACAAAUUAUGGUCGCCGUGAUUGAUUUAAGUAAAUUAUUAUAGUACUGUAUCUAAGGACAAAACUGAAUGAUAUGAUAUAGUUCGGUGCAUGUGAAAAAAGUUGUAGAGCAAAUUAGCGCUUUUGCGGUGCUGAAAUAAAAAGUAAUAUUUCAAGAUUGCUACGAGAAAAGGUACUAGCUAACGGAUAGAACUUUAACUUUUUGGAAUUUUGUCUUCGAUCUAAUCGAAUCGUAGGUAUAGCAGUUUGGUGUAAAGCCUCUUUAUAAGAAAACACAAAAGAAGUUGAAAAUGAAGUAUCGAAAUAUGAUCAAAUGUUGGCUCUUAUGGUUGUAUUGAUUUAUUCAAGUUGGCUUAUCGGGUAUCGUCAUCUAAUCUAGAGUUCAAAAUCUCGAUAAAAUCCUUGAGUUGAAACACCUAGGGGUUAAAGGGCUGUCAGUUUUGGAAUAACAAGUAAUUUUGGUCCGUUUUAGCUAAGAUUCUAAAGGGCUUUUGAUAAAGUGACCAUAUCUUCAUGUACAAACCAAUGAUCUGACCGAGCUUACAAAGAUAAUGUGCGAGAAGGAAGAGCCGCAGGAUAGGCUGUCCGCCGGAUUCUGUGAAUCUUGCAAUUAGUAUAAUAUGAAUACGAGAAUAAAAUUCAGAAACAAAGCAAAACGG